AUCCCUAAAAUCCCUCGUAGUUUGCUCCUGAAUUCACCGGUGCGGCGGUCUGAUCAAAUCGUUGGGCGGCGGCCACUCCUUCAUCCUCUUCUCUCCUCCCAUCAACUUGUUGGAAAACAACAAAAUGCACAAAAACGAACCGCGAAAUGCGUUGAUUGAAGACGUCGCCGUGUCUGUAUCUUGGAUUGAGACCUCCGACACCGUCUCCCGCCACUUCCAGUUUCAACCGGACGGCCAAUUGUCCCUGAAGGUGCUUGAUGAUUCAAGACCGUUUGUCCACAAAAUAACCGAAUCCUUUGUCAAUAAAUUCUUCCCAUCCGGUUUUCCGUAUAGUGUCAAUGAAGGAUAUCUUAGAUACACACAGUUUCGGGCAUUGCAACAUUUCUCAAGCGCGGCACUCUCCGUGUUAUCAACUCAGUCACUGCUAUAUGCUGCAGGCUUGAGACCGACCCCUGCACAAGCAACGGCAGUUAGUUGGAUACUAAAAGACGGAAUGCAGCACGUGGGGAAGCUAAUAUGUAGCAAUUUAGGUGCACAGAUGGAUUCCGAGCCCAAACGGUGGAGGAUAUUGGCUGAUGUGCUAUACGAUUUGGGCACCGGUCUUGAAAUCUUUUCGCCAUUAUGCCCACAAUUGUUUCUUGAAACGGCUGGCCUCGGGAAUUUUGCAAAGGGGAUGGCCGUAGUUGCUGCAAGAGCUACAAGAUUGACGAUCUAUUCUUCGUUUGCCAAAGAGGGCAAUCUUAGCGACUUAUUUGCGAAAGGAGAGGCCAUCUCAACCGUGUUUAAUGUGCUCGGAUUGGGUGCAGGGAUUCAAUUGGCCUCUACCGUUUGUUCAUCAAUUCAAGGGAAGAUGAUUGCGGGGCCCCUCCUUUCGAUAAUACAUGUUUACAGUGUAUGCGAAGAAAUGCGAGCGGCUCCAGUGAACACAUUAAAUCCACAGCGAACCGCAAUGAUCGUAGAGGAUUUCAUAAAGACAGGAAAGGUAUCAAGCCCUGUAGACCUAAGGUACAAAGAAGACCUUUUGUUUCCCGGGCAACUCAUAAAAGAUGCCGGAAAUGUUAAAGUGGGAAGAGAUUUUCACAAGGCAAUCAAGCGCUCGAGAUUAGCGGAGCUCAAAGAAAUCUUUCCCGAUGAGAAAUUUCUAUUGAGUUGCGGAAACAGGUGGACGGACAUGGUGUUGGAGCACAACGCCACCGGUGAAGAUGCGUUAAGAGGGUGGCUGGUGGCGGCAUACGCUUCCAAAAUGGAGAAAUCCAUUUCUGAAUGGAAUUCCCGCACGUUACAAGAAGCGUACGAGAAGAUGAAGUUGGUGAUGCCCACAUUGCUUCCGGAAAUACAAGCAAAAGGGUGGCAUACUGACCGUUUUCUUGAUGGUUCAGGUAAACGGUUUGGUUUCUAGUUUUUUUCCCCCUAGAUCAGUUCAUUCUUAGUCGAAAUCUACAAACGGGUUCUUCCAAAAAUACCCGUUUGCAUACUGUUUCGCUUACUAUUUGAACUCGUACAAACUCGCUGAGUUAACUCAACAAAGUACCAUACAGCCAGUUUUCUUGAUGCAUACAUAUGCAUUGUGGUUU